ACAUCGUCACUUUCUCCCCUUCAUGUGACUUCUCCCUGCUACCCUUGCACCAUGUUCCCUCCUCGUCCCUCCCUCCUUUUCUUCCUUCUCCUCCUUUCUUCCCCUUUCUCCCUCCUCCAGAUCUCCAACGCCGCAGCUGACGACGAUGGUACUUCCGUCCCCAUCGACCCAAGUCUCCAGUUUGAGAACCCAAACCUCCGUGAAGCCUAUAUUGCCCUCCAAGCUUGGAAAGCGGCCAUUUAUUCAGACCCAUAUAACUUCACUGCAAACUGGGAUGGUUCUAAUGUUUGCUCCUACAUGGGUGUAUACUGUGCUCCUUCUCCUUCUAAUUCCAGUAUUCGGGUCGUCGCCGGUAUUGACCUUAACCACGCUGACAUUGCUGGCUACCUUCCUCUUGAGCUCGGCCGCCUCACGGAUCUUGCUCUGUUCCACCUCAACUCCAACCGCUUCUGUGGAGUCGUGCCCACCACUUUCCGUCGCUUGAAGUUGCUUCACGAGCUCGAUUUAAGCAACAACCGCUUCGUCGGGAAGUUCCCUGACGUUGUCCUCUCCCUGCCGUCGCUCAAGUACUUGGAUCUCCGGUUUAAUGAGUUUGAAGGUUCUGUUCCCUCCAAGCUGUUCGACAAAGAACUCGAUGCUCUGUUCCUCAAUGACAACAGAUUCCGGUUUGGGAUACCGGAAAAUCUCGGAAAUUUGCCGGUUUCAGUGCUUGUUUUCGCCAACAACAAUCUCGGCGGCUGUAUUCCGGGCAGUAUUGGGAAAAUGGGCGCCACAUUGAACGAAAUCAUCCUCCUGAACGACAAUCUGACAGGUUGUUUGCCUCCCGAGAUCGGGAUGCUCGGAAAAGUCACGGUUUUCGAUGUCAGCUUUAAUCAUCUCCAGGGAUCUUUGCCUUCUUCCAUAGGCGGACUGAGGAGCGUUGAGCAGCUCAAUGUGGCGCAUAACAGCUUCACGGGAGUUAUUCCGCCUGCUGUGUGUCAGCUACCCAAUCUCCAGAACUUUACUUACUCUAACAACUAUUUCACCGGAGAACCACCCAGCUGCGCUGCUAUUUCCGGCAGAGGAAGGGUGUCUAAUGGCACCAUGAAUUGCAUUCCUGGCAAGGUGAAUCAGAGAUCUCCCAGGGAAUGUUCAAGUGCCCCACGCCCUGUGGACUGUAGCAAAUUCAAAUGUGGAGGAAGCGGAGGUGGUGGCGGUGGAGGAGGUAAUGGAGGGAGCGGUGGCGGCGGCGGCGGCGGCGGCGCUGUUCCGCAUCCACCCUAUGGAAAGGCUCCUGUUUUGAGGCCACCGCCCCCACGUCAAGCCACUGCACCUAAGCCUAGUCUUUCCAAACCUCCCCCACCACCGCCUACUUCAGAGUCUUCGCCUUCCACUAGAUCACACCCUCCGCCGCCACCAUCUUCAUACCCUUCACCAAUGCCUCCCACUUUCCAUCACCCACCACCGCCGACUCAAAGAGUGCCGCCAAGGACGCAUCUUCCUCCACCUCCGCCACCAGUUCACAAUGAGCCCCAACAACCACCGCCCCCUUCGCCUACUUCCACUUACAACCCACCACCAUCAAGCCACUACUCCGCUACACCACCACCACCAACAGUAGAGCAGUCACCGCCUUCCACGCCAUCUUAUGCACCACCAUCUCAUUCACCACCGUCAAGCCACAACUAUAAUACACCACCACCACCAGUAGAGCAGUCACCGUCCCCACCAUCUUAUUCACCGCCAUCAGGCCAUUACUAUAAUACACCACCACCAUUUGAGCAGUCACCACCGUCCUCACCACCACAUCCACCACCAGCAGGCCACUACUAUAGUAUACCACCACCUCCACCUGUUCACUAUGUGCCGCCAUCCGCGCCCGAACAACCGCCUCCACCGUCCACCACAGAGCACCCAGUAACUCCACCUUCACACCCUCCUAGUCCACCAUCAUCUGGAUGCACCACUCCAUCAUCAUCUCCACCACCACCCUCACAUAGUUACCAUCCUACGCCCUCACCACCAACGCCUCAACAUUCAAAACCAUUGCCACCUCCUGAACAUGGACAUUGGCAUUCCCCACCUUCACAUCAUCAAACCCUACCUCCACCACCACCGCCAUCACCAACAGAGAACACACCCCUUCCACCAAUUAUAGGUGUAUCAUACGCAUCUCCGCCUCCCCCAGUAAUCCCCUACUACUAAUCCAAAUCCAUUUUAGGGUUGAAGGAAACAAGGAAAAAAUUCUUUUUCUACAUCCUGCGGUUGAUGCCACAUUGUGUGUUUUUGUUGAGCCUUAAUUUUUAUUAUUAUUAUUUUUUUUUUGGUUGGAAUGGAUUGUUUGUGUAGCAAUAAUAUAUAUAGUUUCCUCUCCAAUCCACCAUCAUUUCUUUUUGAUUUUCUUAAUUUUAAUGUAUGUUAUAGGAGCAAUGAGUUUGGCAAUGGCUACAUUGCUAAAUCAAACAUUCAUUUUUCCUCAAGGAGUCUUUAGUGUCACGACAUAUUAAUCAGCCAAAAAUCUUUUUUAAAAAAUAAAAUAAAAUCUCAAUGUAACAUAUACUGCGCACCAAUUGUGACUUGUUCUUUCUGCCAUUAGGCUGCACAAAACAUUUUUGUAAUAGCAUUCACUUUGACUAUUAUUUACGAAAUUUUGCCAACAUUAAUUGCUUAUAUUGCGCGCUUGGUGUAUAUAUGAGAUCUGUAACUCUGGGAUUUUUAACAAAAUCCCCCCACUCCAAAGCAAAGCAGGCAGAGUCUCAUAAAUGACAUGAAUUUUAGUUGGCAUGGAAGUAAUAUCUGUGUCAGUGUGGGACAUCAUAGUACUAACAGUUUCCACGUAUAAUUGAUCAGCAUUAAAUUGGACGAUAUAUGGCAAUAAAUGGUGUUCAAUUGA